UGUGUGUGUGUGUGUGUGUGUAAGUGAGUGAGAGUGAGAGAGAGAGAGAGAGGGGGAGAGAGCUGGCGGUCAGUUUGAUGCAGACCUUCAAACCGGAGACACUGGUGGCCUAAUGAAACUGGACUACCCAAUCAGACAAGACGAACACUCAACCCGAUGAGACGAGUCUAAGGCCUCGCUGAGUGCUCCUACCAGCAUGAAGAUUUGUGUGUGCGCGCGUGUGUGUGCGUUUGUGUGUUACAUUAGAUUUAUGAGUAUGUAUGAACAUGCCUGAAAACGUUCAUGUGUGCAUGUUAAAGGUGACAUAGUGCGAGUGUCUGUGGGAUGUGUUCACAAUGUCAGAGGAGGACAUGAUUAACUGCACCAUCAGCCAUGAAAUCCACCAGUACGUCUUCUCCUGUGUGUAUAUCCUUGUACUGCUGGUCGGUGUUCCCUCCAACUUGUACUCUCUGUACCACGCUGCUUUACAGCUGAAGCAGAAGAAUGAGCUGGGAGUUUAUUUGAUGAACCUCACCGUGUCUGAUCUGUUAUACCUGGCGUCAUUACCACUGUGGCUCCAGUACAUAUUUCAGGAUGAUGACUGGAGUCACAGGGAAUGGUUGUGUCAGCUCUGCGGCUUCCUGCUCUACGAGAACAUCUACAUCAGCAUUGGUUUCCUGUGCUGUAUCAGUCUGGAUCGCUAUCUGGCUGUGGUGCAUCCUUUAAGGUUCGCCUCUCUCCGCUCUAUGAAAGCAGCCUGGCUCGUUAGUGCUAUCAUCUGGCUGAAGGAGAUCGCAGUAGGCGUGGUUUUCUUCCGCCACAAAGAACUGAGCAAAGACCGCACGAACCAAUCAGUGUGCUUCGAGCACUACCCCAUGCAGCCGUGGGAGUACCCAAUCAACUACUACCGCUUCACUAUCGGCUUCAUGUUCCCGCUGGCCAUUCUGUCGAUCAGCUACCUGUGUGUCCUUCGUGCUGUGGGUCGGAGCGCAGGGACUCAGCCGGUUCAGAAGAUCCGGAUCAGGCAGUUAGUGAGCAGCACCAUUCUCAUCUUCCUGGUCUGUUUCUCCCCGUACCACGUGUUCUUGUUAGUUCGCACCCUGCUGGAGCGGGACUGCAACUUUAUUGCAGGAAUAUUCAACUACUACCACCUGUCGUUGCUGCUGACCACUCUGAACUGCUUGGCCGACCCUGCUCUCUACUGCUUCGUCAGUGAAAGUGCCCGCCUUGGCCUGUACAGAGCCGUAAUCCGCCCCGUUAUCAGGAUACUCUGUUGCUGCUGUCGCCGCGGCAACGCGAGUCCUUCCAACCCGACCACGGAUUCCCACGAGGUCGCCAUUGACGAGAACAAUGGCCACCCGACUGUGACGCUGCUCACGCACACCAGCACACUCAACAACGUAAAAACAGACCCUGCCAGCAAAAACACCAUUUUAAUCACACAGACUGAUGAAAAAACCAUCAUACCCUUAAUUGUACAAAAUAACACGCAUUGAUAAAUGAAUGGACAGUGACGGAAAGUCCAGUUGUGUGACAGCCAUGGAGGAGCAGAGCCAAAAGACAGGGAGGACCGAGGAGACUGACAAACAGCAUCAGCUGAAAUUAUCCAGGGACCAUUCAGAAUCUGUGCUAGCAGAGGCCCCAGGGCAGUGGGAUUAAAAGGACAAGACUGGUUCCCUUCAGCUUAGUCUGAGAAUCAGACAAAGCUGGACUAAGUUAAGACUGAGUGGAGGAUGCACAAGAGAUGACCUGCAGCUCAACACGAGUCUGGCAUCUCUUUGGUCCCUGUAAAUGUCUUGUUUACAUUUCGAUGUGAUGUAGACGCAGGAGCUAACAGGAGGAGGAGGAGUUUUAGAUUGAAAAGACAACAUUCAUCAGGAGGUCAGAGUUACUGAAGUACUGGAUCCUGAUCCCUUGGAGGGUAUUUGCCAGUAUUCUUUUAAAACAACAGUAUUACAGUAACACUUCCUAAUAAGACCCUCUUUAUAAAGGGUAGGUGUAAGCAAAGGCUUUAUUAAUGGUUAAUAAAUAAUUUACUUAUCCAUUAGAAAUCAGUUAUAAGCCAUAAGCAAUGGUCAGCAGAAGUGUAGCUUGAAUUCAUAUUGUGUGUGAGGGCCCUCCCUCACCCUCAGGUGCAGUGUUUCUGCAAAAACUGUUAACCGAAGGUUAUGUGUUAAAUCAUCAGUGUUUAAUUAACAUUGCCAACAUGAACAAACAUACAAAUCAAGGCAUGGUCCCACUGCUAACUGUGAACACAACCAUGCAGCUGAGAGACACAACCGCAGCAAAUUCAGAUACACAGGAAACAAAACACACACAUUGUGUCACAUGGACCAGAGCCCGUAGGACAACAUUCAUAACCUAACGUCCAGGAGGUGUCAGUCGCUGGAUUAAAAGUAGCAGCUGGUAAAUUGAUCUGGGGCUGAAUUAGAAUCAACAGUCACCUUUUUUCUGUCUGAUGUGGAAAACAGGGAAGCUUUUCACUGUUUCUGUUCCCUGCACUGUCACCCUCCCAUUCCUCACCCUCCCUGGUCCCUGACCAGUGAACCACUGUAUACUGUGUGACAGAGAAGCAUCACAGACAGAUCAGGUCCUGACAGUUUUCACUUCAGCAGCUAAAUAAAACCCAAAUACAUGAAAUAUUUAUUUUUAGCACUUCAAUUAAAAAAAACAAAAAUUAAAAAAUGUCUAAAGCUGUUAUCAGUCACCCUUUUAAAAGGUGUUAGUGAACUCUAAGUACAGCCAUUUUGGACAUAUGUACAGUGAAUUCAGAAAGUUUUCGGACUAGGGCUGAACGAUUUAAAAUAGUCAUUUCAUACAACGCGAUCAUGUGAUCGCCAAAGCUUUUUUUUUUUUUGCAGUGAUCCUAACUGACCCAGGAUCUGCUCCCUACCUGCCAAGCUCACCAAUCAGAAGCGGCAUUGCUGCUCGUGC